AUGGCCACUGAUAUGCAGAGACUUGUUGGAACGAGUGAGGAUGAUGAAGAAAUUGGAAUGGAUGUGAAAGAUGAGGAUGAUGAGGAUGAUGAUUAUGAGGAAAAUGGAGGUGAGCAGGGAAAUGCUUCAGGGAUGGUGGAGAUUGAUGGUGGGAACGAGAUAAGAACUGCCAGUGGUGACAACAGAUUUCAGCAGCAUCAGCAGUUUCAUGAACAAGUAGGCACCCCAGGUGGAGGUACUCGAAGAUCUAGGCCGGUGGAAGAGAAAGAGAGAACAAAGCUAAGAGAGAGGCGCCGGAGGGCAAUCACUGCAAGGAUCUUGGCAGGGCUUCGCAGGCAUGGGAACUACAAUCUAAGAGUGAGGGCUGACAUAAAUGAUGUCAUUGCUGCACUAGCAAGGGAAGCUGGAUGGGUGGUUCUUCCAGAUGGUACUACUUUUCCCUCAAAAUCUCAGGGUCAAAAGCCAGCUGGUGGUAAUUCUACAAUUGUAACUUCAUCAUCCUCCCAUGUGGCUUCACAACAAAUUCCACCUGCUUCUCUUAGGGGAGUUGCUUCUGGCUAUAGGAGCCCUUUAGAGUAUAGUGCAUGUCAAUCAAAAGGUGUUUUUAUGCCAACUCCUUCUCCUUAUGAUCUAUCCUCAACUUCCCGAUCUCAAACAUCUAUUGGGGGGGAUGGAGAAGCACAAAGAGACAAUCAUCCUCUGAUUGGUGGUUCAAUGGGUAAUGCUGAUGAGAAGCAGAUUGCUGACUUGCCCCCCAGAUUGUCAGAGCGUGAUAUGGCUGGUACUCCAUAUGUUCCAGUUUAUGUGAUGCUACCGUUAGGGGUGAUCAAUAUAAAAUGUGAGCUUGUUGAUCCUGAUGGUCUACUAAAGCAGCUGAGGGUGUUGAAAUCAGUACAUGUUGAUGGUGUUAUGGUAGAUUGUUGGUGGGGAAUAGUGGAGGCACAUGCUCCACAGGAGUAUAAUUGGAAUGGUUACAAGAGACUCUUUCAAAUGGUGCGAGAGAUUAAGCUUAAGCUGCAGGUUGUGAUGUCAUUUCACGAAUGUGGAGGGAAUGUUGGUGAUGAUGUUUGUAUUCCAUUGCCCCAUUGGGUAGCUGAAAUUGGUAGGAGCAAUCCUGACAUUUUUUUCACUGAUAGAGAGGGAAGACACAACCCUGAAUGUCUUUCUUGGGGAAUAGAUAAGGAACGAGUUUUAAGAGGUCGUACUGCUGUGGAGGUUUACUUUGAUUUCAUGAGAAGUUUCCGGGUAGAGUUUGAUGAGUAUUUUGAUGAUGGUUUAAUCUCCAUGAUUGAAAUUGGGCUGGGUCCAUGUGGAGAGUUAAGAUACCCAUCUUGUCCUGUAAAGCAUGGUUGGAGAUAUCCCGGUAUCGGUGAAUUCCAGUGCUAUGAUCAGUAUAUGUUGAAGAGUCUUAGGAAAGCAGCAGAAGCAAGAGGUCACGCUAUUUGGGCUAGAGGACCAGAUAAUGCUGCUACCUACAAUUCUCAGCCACAUGAAACAGGUUUCUUUUGUGAUGGGGGUGAUUAUGAUGGCUUCUAUGGCAGGUUUUUUCUUAGCUGGUACUCUCAGGUUUUAGUUGAUCAUGGAAACCGGGUACUUUCUCUGGCAAAAUUAGCUUUUGAGGGAUCUUGCAUUACUGCAAAGUUAUCGGGUAUUUACUGGUGGUACAAGACUGCAAGUCAUGCUGCUGAAUUAACUGCUGGGUACUAUAACCCAUGCAAUCGUGAUGGGUAUGCUGCAAUUAUGACAAUGUUAAAGAUAAAUGGAGUUAGCUUAAACAUUCCUUGUGUUGACUUGCACACACUAAACCAACACGAGGGCUUUCCAGUGACAUUUGCAGAUCCUGAGGGAUUAGUCUGGCAAGUGUUGAAUGCAGGUUGGGAUGUUGACCUACCAGUCACCAGUCAGAAUGGAUUCUCUUGCCUAAACAGAGUAAGCUAUAACAAGGUUUUGGAUCAUGCCAAGCCCAUGAAUGAUCCAGAUGGAAGGCACUUUUCAUCCUUUACUUACCUGAGGCUUGGUUCACUACUUAUGGAACGACAAAACUUGGUAGAGUUUGAACGAUUUGUCAAAAGGAUGCAUGGGGAAGCUGUUCUUGAUCUUCAGGAUUGUUAUUUGCUGCGGCACAUAUUUUGCUCGAAACCGUUCAAUUCAAUCACUGGAAUGGCGCAGGAAGAAGUGUUCGAGUUCCUCGGGAACGUUCCUCUGCUACAGAGGCUUCCUGGCUCAUCUGUACGGAAGAUAUCGGAGCUUGUGGUUCCCAAAUAUUAUGAGCCGAGAGAAUAUGUUGUUCGUGAGGGAGAACGUGGGGAUGGUCUUUACUUCAUCUGGGAGGGAGAGGCUGAGGUUCUUUGCUCUGUUAGUGCUGAUGAAGAUGAUCAUCCAGAGUUUCAUUUGAAAAGAUAUGACUAUUUUGGUUUUGGUUUAUCAAAUGAAGUUCAUCAUGCUGAUGUCAUAGCUUUGACGAAGCUAUCAUGCUUAGUGCUGCCCCAUAAGCAUUCAGCAUUGCUUCAACCAAAGUCUAUCUGGAGCGCAGAAAAAUCUAUUGAUACAUGCUCACCUGUGGAGCACAUAUUGCAUUUGGAACCUAUAGAGGUAGAUAUUUUCCGAGGAAUCACUCCUCCAGAUGCUCCAAAAUUUGGUAAAGUAUUUGGUGGGCAAAUAGUUGGUCAGGCACUGGCUGCAGCAUCAAAAUCUGUUGAUUGUCUUAAAGUUGUUCAUAGCUUGCAUGUUUAUUUUCUUCUUGUGGGUGAUUUUAACAUACCCAUUAUAUAUCAAGUUAGCCGUCUGCGUGAUGGGAAGAGUUUUGCUACAAGGAAAGUGGAUGCAAUUCAAAAGGGAAAUGUCAUAUUCACUUUGCUUGCUUCAUUUCAUAAGGAGGAAUUAGGGUUUCACCACCAGGAAGUGUCUAUCCCAUCAGUCCCUGCUCCAAAUAAGCUUUUGUCGUUGGAAGAGCUUCGGGAGCUACGUCUUACUGACCCUCGCCUUCCAAGAACUUACCGGAACAAGGUUGCUUCAGUUGAAUUCAUUCCCUGGCCCAUAGAGAUACGGUUCUGUGAACCCAGAACAUCAACAAAUCAGACCAAAUCUCCUCCUAGUUUGCGAUACUGGUUUAGAGCAAGGGGAAAACUUUCAGAUGAUCAAGCCUUGCAUAGGUGUGUGGUAGCAUUUACUUCAGAUCUAAUCUUUCUUCAGGUGAGUUUGAAUCCCAACCGUAGGAAGGGCAUGAAGGCACGUGCUGUGAGUCUGGACCACUCCAUGUGGUUUCACAGACCUUUAAGAGCUGAUGACUGGGUGCUAUUUGUGAUCUGUAGCCCUACUUCCUCUAAUGCCCGUGGCUAUGUUACUGGGCAAAUGUUCAAUCAAAAGGGAGAGGUUUUCCCGCUUGGGAACUUGCAGCUUCUUGUUUCAGUGGUUCAAGAAGGUCUAAUGAGGGAAGUUAUUUCUGCAAAUUCAGGCAUCAAAUCUAAUAUAGUGAACCCUCUAAUAGGUGGUGCACCUAUACAACAUCACAUAAAUACACGCAUGUCUGCUAUCAUUGAGAUGUUGUUGGGUAUCCAAUUGCGUUUUGAUUUGGCUGAGUUUGUCUGGGAGGGUUUUGAAGUGCAUUAUUCAUAUCACACUUUGUGUUUGGGAGGAGAGCACAUUAAACAGAAUAACAAAUACUUGGGACAAUUCUCGGCCCAUUCGGGAAAUAUCAACAUAUCAGAGGCAAAUGGCUCAUGGGCCGUGAUAGUCCUUGAACCAUUUGGUUUCGGUCGCAAGCUUACUCGACAAACGUUUGUUGAUGUGGUAGAAGAAGAUACAUCAUCAGUUACAGUUUGUAGUGUAAGAGAGAUGGAGUUGAACAUGAAAGUGUUGGUGAAGCGUGCUGUGACAAAUGCUUCUGCACAAAAUCAAUUCCUCCACAGUGCAGUUGUCGAGAUAUUCGAGAAACAUGUCACUCUGUAUGCAAAACUUGUGCUUGCACGCGCUCAAUUGCUCCGCAGUGUCGUUGCAUGGACUUUACCGAUUUCUGUUAUAAACCAUGUAACCCCAAUGGAACCCAAGCUCACUGAGAAUGAACAUUUUCUUGUCAACAAAAUCACUAGGCUUUGCUUUCAUCUUUGCCAAUAA